AUGAGUCAAUAUACCACACGAGAGGAGAGGAAGACGCUGUUCUCCUCCCGCCCCUCGCCCUCGUCAUUGCUCUCCUAUCCAUGUGUCAUUGCGAAGCAGGACACUAUAAGCACCACUGGAAAGGCCCUGCGCCACGCAUCGACCGCUGGUGAUGAAUAUUUGACUGGUAUUAGUUUCCCUAGCUGGCCGAGCAAUAUACUGACGUCGACUUCUCAAAACUCAGCACAUCCCCGCCAUUCCCCUACUAUCCCAAAACGGAAUCAACGUCCAGAGGCGGAUACCUCGGUCGUAUUAGGCAGCGAUGAGGGGCUAGCAGCGCAGUGGACAUCGGCUCGGGUUGUGCGCGAGACUCAGGUCGUCACGCUUCCGGACUCAAUGACCAAUGUCUCCGACGCAAGAAGUAGGGAAUACCUGCUACGGGAUAUAUCAGCGCGACAACUCCUCUACUUGAAACCUCUACUUGAAACGACAACCACAGACCACGCGUGGCUCAACUCCCCUCAAAUAGAUCUUUCUCAAGAAAGUCGGCUACAAACCAAUGCUGGCACGGCGGCAACAGGCUGGAGAAGUCUAUCUAGUGCGGGCAUCGGUCGCAGUGAUGAUUUCGGGUUAGUGGCGCGCUAUGUCACAAGCCUCGAGCUCCUAGUGAUGCUCAAAGCGAAAUUCACAUUGUGUGGAUUUAGUAAAUGCCUAGCGACGCAAUUGUUGCAGUCAUCGGUGGCUAUGGGUACUAGAGGUGGUGGUGAUUCUCCUUCUCCCCGCUCCGCGCGCGGCGAUGUCCCGAGGUCGGGCCACGAAUACCCGUUAACUCCCACGUCCACGGAAAGGCACCACCGCUCUCGUGAACUCAAGCGCACUCGUAGUAUUGAUGGCGACAGGGGCCUUGUCAAACGAAAGAAGGCUGACACUUCGCCUCCCAACCAUACUCAGAACCGGACCCGUCAGUGGGUUAGUCGGCAUCAAAGGCGCGGAGUUGGGCAAUAUGCCGUUAAUCGUCGUCCGUUAAGGUAUGACCCCAGCGUUGACAACAACGUGGAUCGCGAAAUGCAGGUCAAUGUAGACGCCGCUCCUCCCGUUCAUAUCGAAGAGCGAACGCUUCAAUGGGUGGCGGAACAAGGGACCCUUAAGCGCUCGUGUCCAUUUGAAGACUCCGGGCUGCCUUACAAGCGAUCGAAGCUGGGCAGUCUCUUUCCCCCAAUUCUUCCGAUAUCACUCCCGCGUGUUAUAAGGCUGAGGCGACAUGAUGCUAUCCCUUCACUCCCGGCAGGCUUUUGCCCGUUUCAGACCCUACCCAUCGAAGUAAUGCUUCAAGUGUACGACAACCUUGACUUGGACUCGAGGCUCACCGCAGCCCAAGUUUGCCGUAAUACAGCUGCAGCAGUCGCCCGACUCAUACCUCAUCCGGCUGGCCUCAAGGACAGGUACAUAUCUGUUUCCCUGCUGAACAUCCGGCUCCUCGUAGUAGCUGCUCGGUUGCAAACCCUUCGACUAGAUGCUUACUUGGCAUGUCACUUCCCUGAUGAUAACGACACCGCUUUGCUAUUCGUUGUCCGCGGUCUAGCUCUCGUCGCGGAAUUUGUACCGGGAGAUGCUACCAUGAGCAUCACGUUCUAUCCUUCCGCUAUCCCAUGUAUUGCGCGUCAGGGCUUUACAACUCUCAUUCGCAGCAUUCACUGCGGGGGAUUUCAGAAUCUCGCUAUCCAUGACGUGCCAGCCUUAGAACCUCCUUCGCGUUUACAACGAAAUAGCAUCAUCACCAGCCUCAGCGCUAGCUCCUACCGCGAACUCACGUUAUCUACCGUUGCCUUUCAGCCUGGGAUCGCUUUCACGACUCGGCAGAUCCUAAACAGCAGCUCAUCGAUACAGUGUCUAUCUCUAGCCUCUGUUCGGCUUAAACCCUCCCAGUGGAAGGCGCUUCUGGAGCCCUUGACCAUUCGUGACCUGGACGAUUUCUCCGUUCCUGCCAGCUGCCCAUCGACCACCAUUCAGAAGUUUCUGGGACGACAUCCUUCGAUGUCGUAUCUGAACAUAGAGCAACAUGGCGAUCAAGAACUGACUUCUUGGCCGGCAAAUUUUCGAAUCCCCAAUGCGUUGGCCUCCUUUGCCGCACCGCUUUUUGUCUGGAAACGUAUAGGCAACCUCAGCAGCGUGUCCACAUUGUUCCAUGCAUCAGUAUACCUCUCCACCAAUAGGCGAUCCGACGUCGACUACUUUGCCGACAUCCAAACGGCUUUGUUGAAGUGCAAACAUAUCAGGUGUAUGACAGUCACCCUCCCGCCAAAGAUGGUUAACUGGCGGAACACUCCUGGCGUCGAUACGGGUGUCGACAUCACGUUUAAGCCUCUCAUUGGGCUUUGGAUCGGUCAUUUCCCGGACCUGCGCACCUUCAGGUUUCGAGCCUUUACAGCGGGGCUGGGGCCGAGCCGCGAGAACGCUUUGCGAUCAAUCGAGGCUGAGCUUCGAGAUAUUGCGCGUAUUAACGAACAUCCGCCAGUGGAUCAGGUAUCAGGGAUGACGUUGAUCAGCCAGUGGCUGUACCUCAUCGCAGUUCCCUAUAUUGCGGUGGUGAGCGGAUUUUCAGGGAUUCCCACGGCUUUCUCACCACCACCACCACAUUCGUUUGCUCGUCGCCCUCGACGGACAUUGGGCCUCCGCCUCCGCCCUCACCCCCGCCUCGCUGCCUUUCGCACGUACCCUGGGGGAGAGGCGACACCUCCGCAUCUGCCUCGUUGCCCCCUCCGCCCCUCGUGGCCACUCCCUGCUGCUGAUCUGUGUUCGCAGUGGGGACUGUCUGCGUGUGAUCGCAAUACACCUACCCAUUUUCGUCCCAUUCAUCCUGCAAUUUUCGAUCCCCCGGAAGCUCCUUGUCCCUCGGCGACUUCUACGCUCAGAGUGAAGAUUCCCAACAUCGGAUACGAGAAGUUCAUUCUCAUGCAUGAAACGGAAUUACUGGAGAGGGCGAGUUUGUCAUACUCACAGUGGACUGAAAUUAAGUUCACAGCUUUGGAAUUUGCCAACCUUUAUUUAGACAAGGGGAGACGGUACGAAGAGCAGAGCACGGUUAAGAUAGCCAUUGUCGUCCAAAAAGUUACAAUGAAGCUACCCUACCUCCACAACUGGGAGGGUCAGUGGCCCGUUCGCGUCUUCCUGCUCCGUCUCUUGACUGGACGGUUUUGGACCCCAGACUCAAAGGAGGCAGGCCUUCCCGCCCCAUUCGUGUUUAGUGCGGAUUCGGCACCAAUUGUAGCUGUUAAAUCACACCCGUACUGCUGCAUUGAAGCCAGUGGCACCACAUCCGGUAACUCCGCAGUCGAGGGUGGAUCCGGUGGAUCCGGUGACUCCACGACUACUAGCACAGCCAACGUUAUCACCAACACUGGAGAUAAGCUGGCGGAAUUUUUAAAGAACAAGUGCAUGACUGAUCUCAGCGGUUAUCAGGAUGAGCUUGGAAUGCUUGGCAUCACCUGCAUUGAGGACCUGAUGUUGUUAUGUGUCAUGGGCCGUCGGAUCACUUUAGUUAUUCUGGCUGGUGCCGCCCAAAAUGAAGGCCGCCAUCAAGGCCCUCACUGA